AUGCCAAAACGAUCAGGUGGAAAUCGACGUGGAUCGCAUCGUGGACGUGGUCGUGGACGCGGAGGCCAUAAUAGAGGUGGAGGACGUGGUCGUGGUGGAGGCGGCCAUGGUCGUAAUCGUCACUUGAUCCCUUCCAGUUAUGGCUUCGUUUAUGAACCUGGCAAGCACAAUACCUUUAGCGACGACGAUUACGAAGACGACUUUCCAGUGUUUGCUCAGUUUGGUGCAGUGGACGAUCCCAAUGACGAUGGUUUCUCCAAGAGACGUAAACGUAAAGGUGCUACCAACACACAACGUGCACCUCUUUUGGGAGAUGAUGGAUUGGAAUUUCAACCUUCGAGAGGCAAUCGUGGAUAUGGCAGAUCUGUUGCAUUUACUCGUGCGACCACCUUUGUUCAACAAGAGGAUGACAACAAUGGAAUGAUGGAUAACGACGAAGAUCAUGUUGUCAGCACCACCACUACCACCACUAACACCAACGAUAAUAGCAAUGUCCCAUCGACCAGCAAUGACAGCAAUAUUAUUGUAUCAUCAUCGGGCGAAGAGGAGAAUAAUGUCGAAGCUACAGGAUCAUCAUUGGGAUUCUAUUUCGAUUCGACUCCUAGCAAAGUGGUCUUGAAUGAUGACGACGAUGAUGAUGAGAAUCUUUAUGACUAUAAUGAUUCGAUACCUUUCAACAAUAUCUCCACCACAUCCAACAGCAAGGUGUUUAUCAGAGAGACUCGCAAUGGUGUUACAGUGGAUACGCCAGUGGAUGGACCCGAUCGUAAUCACAACAACAACGGCAACAACAAACGCAACAAUCGAAAGCAAAAGCGACAAAAGAAAAAGAUCAUUCCUGGCGAUGACAUUUACAUUGGAUCCGAUUCUGAUAGCAGUGACAAUGGCGAAUACGAACAUCUCUUUACUUCCAAGCAGGAUGAUGAUAUUGCCGCCAUGCGUGAUUACAUUGAAAAUAUUCAGUUGGAUGAGGACGAUGAAGCUGCCAUGCGUGCAUUUGCCAAUGGUGACGUGAAUAGCAACUAUGACAACUUGCCAUACGACGAUGAAUCGGAUGAUCAAGAUAGCAUUCGUAAUGGAGGAUUCCACUAUAUCAGCUCUGAUGAAUCACUUGAGGAGAUUGACGAGGAUGCUUUCAACCGCACUGCUCCACAUCACCGUAUGAUGGACACUGACGAUGACGAUUUCUUGGAAGAGAUUGAUGAAGAAACUUUCAGAACCUCGCUCUUGAAUGCUAUGGAUGAUGUGCCACCAAGCCUUCAUGCAGGAAUGAGGAAUCGGAUUCAUUAUAAUGAGAAGCGUGCGAAGAAGAUCUCAAAGAAGGAAAAGCGAUUGGAAAAGCAAAACCAAAAGGGCAAAAAGAAGGAUCAGCAGCAGACGAUCUCUAUUGACAUGCGCAAAAUUGACCAGCGGAUACAACAAUUUAUCAAGGAUGAGUCGUUAUCAAGUUAUCAAUUUGCACCCAUGUCCAAGAUGUGUCGUCGACAAAUCCAUCUUCUUGCAUCGGCAUACAAUAUUAAGACAGAAAGCUAUGGUACAGGAGCACAACGAAUGCCCCUUUUGCAAAAGACCACCAAUACACAAUUACUUGAUGAUCGGCGAUCGAUUGAACGCUUCCUGCAAGAGGCACAGGCAACGAUUGAUGCACGUUCAUCUAUAUUACGGAAGAAUCGACAAAUGGAUCCUGAACCAGUUGGCAAAGGCAAAAAGAAGGGCGGCAAGAAAGGAAAGCAAAAGGGCAAAAAAGAGAGGCAACAAGAUCCCGAUCGACCAAGUUCAAAGCCUGCACACAAUUCGGUUGUUGGCGCUGGAGCGGAUCCUAUUAACGAAAGCAACAUUGGUCAUCGGAUGCUGGCUGCUAUGGGUUGGAAGCAUGGUGAUUCGCUUGGUACAAACAAUGAAGGCAUUGCAGCCCCGAUCGAAGUGGUCAUCCGCAAAAAGCGUGUGGGCCUCGGAUCCUAA